ACCGCCUCUUGUAUAAAUAGUGAAUCCAGCUGGGCUUUCUGAUCAGACGCAUCAAUUGGCGGAACCGAUCUCUUUGUCUCGGCUGUGCAACUUGCUGCACUGUUACUUUCGCUUUUCUUGAGCAUCUUAGGCAAUUAAAAACUUUUAAUUAAUACUCAGAUUUGACGGAAUUGACAGCAGGUGUGAAUUCAUGUCUGCAUUUUCACCACAGAUCUACUGCCCAGUGUUUGUGCCUGUCCCAGAUAUGACUGAAGUGAUGAUCAGCAACACGCCCAUGGAGGAUAUGAGGCUCAGCCCAAGCAAGGACAGACUCACCUUCCAGAUAUUUCCGGACCCCUCAGACUUUGAUCGUUGCUGUAAGCUUAAAGACCGCCUCCCAUCCAUCGUGGUUGAGCCAACAGAGGGAGAGGUGGAGAGCGGAGAGCUUCGCUGGCCUCCUGAGGAGUUCCUUGUCAGUGAGGAGGAAGAAGAGGACGAAGAGGAGCAGAACAAUAGCAGCAUGCAGAAUGGACAGCCAGCACAGAAUUCCCAGCACUAGAGGCUGGGUCGUUCAGCACCAUGUUCACUUUGUUCUUUGGUUCUGCGGGAUAGUAGCCUUCUUCACGCAUUGGUCAUACUUCACUGGAGCACUGCAGCACAUUCAACUGACACAUCCAGUGUCUCUUGUUGCCAUUUCUUUACCCAUGGCACAAAUGUAUGCAUCCACCAAAACUAAAAAUGACCCUCUCCCCGUCGAUUGACUUUAGACUAACCUUUCUUCCUGUGUGGACACAUCAAAAUGGGGGUUAAAGAUCAGAUAAAGUCUACAUCCCUCCCCUACUUCCCAUUGUGUUCAUAAUAUGUCAAGUCAAUGGCGAUGCUCGGCUCAAGAGCAGCAGAUUAGUGCUUCACGAGCGGCUCUUCCCCUGCAAGAGACAACUCUGCUCUGACCCCAAAAUGGCUGGCAUCAUGACCCCAGAGUCUUUAUACCUGUGUGCAGAGCAAUUGUGGAACCUGUGGGGAGUUAUUGUACAGUGCACUGUUUUGUUUUUAAUUGCUUUAAUAAUUAUUGCCACUGCUGUCUAUAGAUUUGUCUCUUGAUGUCAAUGUUGGUUGUCUUUGAGAAGUGGAUAUUUUGUAGAAAGUUACUGGGAUUUGUUUUUGUUGUUUUCUGCACAGAAUUUGCUGGGGUUAUAAAUGAUAAAAUAAGUUGUUAGUUAUUUUGAAGAAAAUCUUGAGCAGAAAACGAAAAGUGUAACUGACCGACUUUGCAAGCUUACUGUGCACUGAAACCAGAGUUAUGCUAUUAAACCUGUCAUCACAUUGGCCUCCAAGAACCAGCGCUUGGAUGACAAAGCUAAACGUUUAAGGAUGAGCUUUUGAAAGAGGGCACUUGUUAAAGCAAUGUAAAAAGCCAAUGAAGGAUGUGUAAGUACAUGUUCCUGGUGUGAUGAAUUGAACAUCUUUUCUAGUCUUCCUGUUUAAAAAAAACAAACAAAAAAAAACAGCCAUAUGUUUAAUGCCAUAAAGUUGUGGAAAAAUUAGGCAAUACCUGAAACAGUACUUUUCAUUGACCAUUGGGACAAUUGCCAAAAGGUGUUUGGAAGUUUGUAUGUUUGUGUGCGAGUGUGGGUGGGUAUGAAAUAUGCAAGUGACUUGUCCAGGAGUCGUAACCAGUUCAAGUUUGAAAAAUCUUUGUUCUUUUUUUGUGGACAGUUUGAUGUUACUGUUGUGGAAGCAUGACUAAUGUCCGUCUCUUCAAUCUUUCUCAUGUGAGUGGCUUUAGGGCUGUAUACAGAACAUCUUCGUCAUGUCAAGUUGCCUACAGGUCCCCAUAUUGUUUUUGUAAAGCUCAGGGAGAUUAGCCGCCAUCUUUCUCUUGUUACUGUUUGUUUUGUUUUAUUUUGUAUUUAGACCACUUUUCUCAUUAAUUAUUGCAAAGACUGUAAAUAAAGAAAUCAAAUUUGCUAUA